GGACAUCCCUGAUUCAAGAUGGCUGCCUUCAGAAUGAGCUUGACUUUUUCGUCGGCGACCUCGAAGUUAUCUUGCCUUCGCUUAGCUCUGAGGCGAAGUUCCAGCCUGUCUCUAAGCCAAGACUUAGCUGGACAAAUAGGGAAGCAUUGUGCGCGAAAUCGGUGUUUUUCCGCAGCUGAAACGCCGUUUUUCCGACCGCGGACCGGUCUUACAUCAUGCAACGUGCAGCCUAGAACAUUCCGAGGCCUCGACGGUCGCGCGCUCGGCUCUACACAACUGUUACACAGAAACGUUUUACACAGACCAGAACAGUUUUAUCUACAGAAUAGACCGUUCUCCGGACUAGGAGGCGGCCAGGACGAUGGGAACGGCAGCAGUAGCAGUUCGGGAAGCGACGGGAGAGAGGAUGGGGAAGGAGACGGGCUGAGCGGUGGGGAGGGGGGCGGUCCGGGGGACCAGCCGACCAUGGCGUACACGCCCCCGCCCAUGUCGGCUCUCACACCGAUGACAGUGCCGGAGGUUUUCCCUAACGUCCCCCUGGUUCCCGUCAGUCGAAAUCCCGUCUUUCCGCGGUUUAUCAAAAUAGUAGAGAUCAGCAACAAGCCACUGAUGGAUUUGCUGAGGAAAAAGGUUCGACUUGCCCAGCCAUACAUUGGUGUCUUCAUGAAGAAAGAUGACAGACCAGAACAGUUUUAUCUACAGAAUAGACCGUUCUCCGGACUAGGAGGCGGCCAGGACGAUGGGAACGGCAGCAGUAGCAGUUCGGGAAGCGACGGGAGAGAGGAUGGGGAAGGAGACGGGCUGAGCGGUGGGGAGGGGGGCGGUCCGGGGGAUCCCGGGGACCAGCCGACCAUGGCGUACACGCCCCCGCCCAUGUCGGCUCUCACACCGAUGACAGUGCCGGAGGUUUUCCCUAACGUCCCCCUGGUUCCCGUCAGUCGAAACCCCGUCUUUCCGCGAAUCAAGCUGCUCGGCCAGCUGGGACUAGAGCAGGUGGAACCAGCUGAUGUGGAGACAGGUGAGGCCCCACCUGGUCCGACUGAGACAGUCCCGCACCUGGAGCAUGUGCUGACCUCACAGGAGGGGUCACCUGCAGCUGACUCGGAACCUUCAGAUACAGAGGUCCCUGAGCAGAACUUGAUGGUGGAAACAGAGAACGUCACUCAUGAUAAGUUUCAGAUGACAACAGAAGUCAAGGCACUUACAGCAGAAGUGGUGAAGACUAUACGGGACAUCAUUGCUCUAAAUCCAUUGUAUAGGGAGUCUGUUGCACAGAUGAUCCAUGCUGGACAGAAGGUCAUUGACAACCCAGUCUACCUCAGUGAUCUGGGUGCCGCCCUGACCAGUGCAGAGUCUUAUGAGCUACAGGAAGUACUAGAGGAGACAAACAUUCCCAAAAGGCUGAUGCAGGCCCUGGCCCUGCUGAAGAAGGAGUAUGAACUGAGUAAACUGCAGCAGAGACUUGGCAGGGAGGUUGAGGAGAAGGUUAAGAUGACCCACAGGAAGUACAUGCUCCAGGAGCAGCUCAAGAUCAUCAAGAAGGAGCUGGGUCUGGAGAAGGAUGACAAGGAUGCAGUAGCAGAGAAAUUCAAGGAAAGACUCAAGGAACUGACAGUGCCUGCUGCAGUAAUGGAAGUGAUAGAUGAAGAGCUGAACAAACUGUCUUUCCUCGACCCACAUUCCUCAGAGUUCAAUGUGACCAGGAACUACCUGGACUGGUUGACGAGCAUGCCGUGGGGGAAGUACAGUGAGGAGAACCUUGACCUGGCGCGAGCCCGGGCAGUUCUGGAGGAGGACCACUACGGCAUGGACGACGUCAAGAACAGGAAUACUGGUGAGGGCUGGGGAUUGUGUGGUGUAAUGGAAUUCAUUGCAGUGAGCCAGCUGAGAGGCAGUGUGCAGGGGAAGAUCCUGUGUUUCUACGGACCACCUGGUGUCGGUAAAACCAGCAUAGCUCGCUCCAUCGCCAGGGCCUUAAGUAGGGAGUAUUUCCGCUUCAGUGUCGGAGGUAUGACGGACGUGGCAGAGAUCAAAGGUCACCGGCGUACGUACGUGGGAGCCAUGCCGGGGAAGGUCAUCCAGUGUCUGAAGAAGACCAAGACGGAGAACCCGCUCAUCCUAAUCGACGAGGUGGACAAGAUCGGACGUGGCUACCAAGGCGACCCGUCCUCUGCCCUGCUGGAGCUGCUGGACCCGGAACAGAACGCCAACUUCCUGGACCACUACCUAGACGUGUCCGUGGACCUCUCUAAGGUGCUCUUCAUCUGCACAGCGAACAUUACGGACACCAUCCCGGAGCCGCUGCGUGACCGGAUGGAGAUGAUUGAUGUGUCAGGUUACGUCGCCCAGGAGAAGCUAGCCAUAGCAGAGAAAUACCUUGUUCCCAAGGCAAGAUUAGAUGCAGGGGUGAGUGAAGAAAAGGUUUCGCUGGACCAGGAUGCCAUCAGUGCACUCAUCAAGUCCUACUGUCGGGAGAGUGGGGUUCGGAACCUGGAGAAACAGAUACAAAAGGUGUUCCGUAAGGCGGCAUAUAAGCUGGUGAACGGGGAUGCGGAACAUGUGACGGUGAUGGCGGAAAACCUGCAGGAUUACGUCGGGAAGCCCAUCUUCACGAGUGAGCGAAUGUACGCCAGCACCCCCCCUGGGGUGGUCAUGGGCCUGGCCUGGACAAGUCUGGGUGGCUCCACACUGUACAUAGAGACUUCCCUGAGGUUACCCCGAGAUUCUGAGGCCAGGGAGGGGUUCCUGGAACUGACAGGACAGUUAGGUGAUGUCAUGAAGGAGUCAGGGAAGAUCGCCUACACGUUUGCCAAGUCACUCCUGGGAGAGAAGGACCCAGAGAACAACUUUCUCUCCACUUCUCACUUACACUUACAUGUCCCUGAGGGAGCAACGCCAAAGGACGGGCCCAGUGCAGGCUGCACUAUUGUGACUGCCCUGCUGUCAUUGGCUGUUGGGAAGCCAAUCAGACAAAAUGUGGCAAUGACAGGAGAGUUGUCGCUCACGGGCAAGGUUCUACCAGUCGGUGGGAUCAAGGAAAAAACCAUUGCGGCACGUCGUGCAGGUGUGGACUGCAUCAUUCUUCCCGCAGAGAAUAGGAAGGACUUCUCCGACCUGCCCAGCUUCAUCACAGAGGGACUGGAAGUGCAUUUUGUGGAACACUAUAAAGACAUCUAUGGUAUCGUGUUCCCAUAAACACACUGUGGGACAUUGUGGUGAAGGAACCAUAUGGAUAUUAUGUGGACAGUGGAAACUUUGCCAAGAUGUUCUACAGUUACAUGUAACUGAAGGAAUGAGGGUGGAAUCCUCAAUAUACAGUGUACAGUACAGAAAGAGAAGACAUUCAACAUAUUGCAAUUGCAUCAUGGAGCAUAUGACUAGUACAUGUAUGAAA